GGAACUUGAACCCCUUUUAUUUCCACUUUUUCUUGCAAGAGGAGUUUCUCAAACACGAUUACUUUCUUGAUCGUUUGGAUGAUACCACCUAACACAAUCGCUUGAUUUCGAAACCCUUCAAAACGUCAACUUAUACAUACCUUUAAACCCAUCGAUACACUCACUCGGUUCAAUCCUUUACUUUUGGUCAACUUAUCUUCAACAAGACCAUCAAGAUGAAAACAAGAUGGAUCCAACAUUUCACAACUUGCGUACUCCUGAGCCAAUCGAUCCAAGUCCGAUCAAAAGUUUCAAUACCUUUAACGAAUGCCAUCAAUCUAUUCACCGUUCCAAUCAGUAUAGGUGAUCCAUCUACAAUCCAUCAUCUUGGGAUCGAUACCGGUUCACUGGUCACAUGGUGUGGAGCCAUCACACCUUAUGUUGAAACUAAAUCGACUGUCAAUUUAAACUUACCUAUGCAAAUUAAUUAUGGAUUUGGUGAUGCUGAAGGUGUAUAUGUGAAUGAUACGAUCAGUUUUAAAUCAGAAGAUAAUGAUCAUCAAAUCAUCAUGCCAAAAGUAACGAUUGGAAAGAUUUCAUCACCUGUUGGAUUUGAUGGUUAUGAUGGAUUAAUAGGAUUAAAUCCAGUUCCAUGGGAAUCCGAUCCCAACUCAAUCAUCGAAACCCAAACCGUAAUGGUCCAUAUGUGGAAAAGAGGUUUAAUACAAAAAAAUAUGUUUGCAGUUUCUGGUAAACCUACUAAAUCUAUGAAACCGGAAAAGAAUGGUAUGAUUACUUUUGGUGGGUAUGAACCUUCGUUAUUUGUUGGUGAAUUGUAUUGGUAUGAUUGUUAUUCAGGAAGUCAUUGGGAUUGGACGGCUUCUGUUCGGUAUGGAGAAACCUCAUUAAGUUCAGGUCCGAUUCGUGGUAUGUUCGAUACAGGUUUCACAAUCGGUCCAGCCUUAUCACCUGAUCUCUUCAAGAAAUACAUAAACUCGAUUCCAGGAGCAAGAUGGGAUUCCCAAGACUUUCAACAAUCUAAUCCAUCUGGAAAUAUCAAUAGACAUUUAUUAAAGAUUCCUAAAUCUUCGAUUCAUCAAAUGAAAGAUUUAUGUUUCAAAACUCAAGAUUUUAAAGAUUGGUGUUUUACUCCUGAAGCUCAAUUGAUACCUGAAAACGUCUUGUUUCAUCAAACUUAUAGGUACUCUUUCGUUUCUCCUUUUCAUGGUACUAAACUUCCUUCAUUUAAAUUUGGAAUGAAAGGUCAUGAGAGGUUUUAUGUUGUGUAUGAUGUAGAAAAUUAUAAAAGACAGCAUGGACGAAAAGCAAGUUUUGAAAAGCUAGAAACUAUUACCCAGAAAGAUUUUCCAAGGUUUUACUUUAGUUUACUUCUUAUAUAG